GUGAUGGGUGGUUAAAUGGAUUUCAGAUCAGCUGAAAGAAAUAACCUAAGAUUCGAAUUUGUGAAAGAAAAUGUGGUGUAAAAAUGCAUUUCUUGCUCACAGUAGAAACUUUAUUCAACUAAAUCAUGUCUAUAAAAACUUUAGCGCGAUAGCCUCUGUUAUAGAAAAGGCAUCGGUCGGCGAAGUUGCUGAAGUUAAAGGGUGGGUGAGGAACUUAAGAGUACAAAAAGAACUAGUUUUUGCUGAUGUUAAUGAUGGGUCUUGUGCUCAGAGGUUACAGAUUGUUAUACCGAAAAACUUAAAACCUGAGACAUUAACUUACGGCAGUUCUGUUCAUAUCACUGGAAAACUAUCUAAAAGCCCUAGAGGUCAAUUGGAGCUGGUUGCUGAGAAUGUAAACGUGCUAGGCCCUUGUGUGGUAUUAGAUGGCUAUCCCUUUAACCCAAGAACUACCCAUUCUCCCGAGUAUGUUCGGCAGUAUCUGCAUUUGCGAUCUAGGACAAACUAUAUAUCAGCUAUAUUGAGAGUUCGGAACUCUGUUACAAGACACAUUCAUGACUUUUUUGCAUCAAACAACUACCUUCACAUACAUACUCCUAUCUUAACAUCAAACGAUUGUGAGGGGGCAGGAGAAGUCUUUAAAAUCCAGCCAGAUAAUGAAGAGACAGUCAAGGCUAUGAUGCAAGAAGGGAGGGAUAAAGACUCGGUUUAUUUUGGCACAAAAACAUUCUUAACUGUAUCUGGCCAGUUGCAUUUGGAAGCUAUCUGUAGAGGCAUGGGGAAUGUCUACACCCUUGGUCCUACAUUCCGGGCGGAAAACUCCCGUUCUCGAUUGCACUUAUCUGAAUUCUACAUGCUUGAAGCCGAACUAGCAUUCUGUGAUUCCAUUGAUAAACUACAGGCUGUCAUAGAAGACUUGCUGAAAUAUCUAUUUAUUCAGACAAUUAAUUCCAAUGAAGCAGAUUUACACCUUAUUGAUAAAGAAAAGGCAAGAUUACCUUUUUGGGUGGAUAAAAAGUUUGUAACACUCACAUACAAUGAAGCAAAGAGUAUAUUGGAUAAGAAGGGUACAGUAUCUACAGAAGAAGGCUUGAAUAAAGAACAAGAGUUGGCUUUAGUGGAGCAUUGCAAUGGAAUACCUGUUUUCGUCAUAAGAUGGCCCAAAGAACAGAAAUCCUUUUAUAUGAAAGAAUGCCAGGAUGACUAUACUAAGGUGGAUGCCCUAGACCUUCUUACGCCAAUAACAGGAGAAGUGGUGGGCGGCAGUCUCAGGGAAGAUGAUUAUGAAAAGCUAAAGUCAAAACUACCCUCGGAAAGGCUGAACUGGUAUCUGGACUUGAGGAAAUUCGGUAACAUCCCUACUGGAGGCUUUGGGCUUGGAUUAGAAAGACUGCUGCAAGUUAUAUGUGGUGUAAAUAAUAUCAAGGACACUCUGCCAUUCCCCCGAUGGCCGCAUAAUUGCGAUAUGUAAACUGUGAAUAUUAUUAUUGUAAAUAAUUAAGGCUUGUUAACUAUGUUUAUUGUGUAUAUAUUCAUGUCCCAUAUGUGGGGCACAUCUUGCUAUAGCGUGUCUGUGUAUAUAAAUGCCAAAGUGUUUAUCGAAAAAUAACAUUGCACUUGGGAAGUUGAUAUCUAUCAGUAUCAUGUAUAUGUUCAUGUCCCAUAUGUGGGGCACAUCUUGCUAUAGUGUGUCUGUGUAUAUAAAUGGCAGUGUUUAUCGAAAAAUAAAAUUGCACUUGAGGAGUUGAUAUCUAUCAGUAUCAUGUGUCACAGUGAAUGUGUUAAUAUGUGAGAUAAUAAAGAUGCAUGUGUACAAUGUG